UAUAAUCCCAUGGAUUUCUGUGAGAGGCCAAGGGAUGGAAGAACUGCACAGCUGGACGGCUUAUUAAGUAAAUAAUCAGAAUCAGCAGGUUUAGAGUCAUAUGGGCACCUGAUAAGUAGCCUGUUUUGUUGAGCGAUGGAGUAUAAAAACCUGAACCCCACAGGCCUUUAGCUGCUGGCAGAGGCUCACCGACCACAUACACAAUGGCUUCCUCUUCUCUGCUUCUCAUUUGCUUAGCUGCAACGGUGUAUCUCACUGAAGCUGCACCACUGGUAACCCACGGCUCCAUUGACUCCAAAUGUCCUCUUAUGGUGAAAGUCCUUGAUGCUGUUCACGGAAGUGCAGCUACCAACCUAGUCGUAAGAGUGUCCAAACAGGCUGAAGAUGGAACCUGGAAGGAGUUUGCUAAUGGGAAAACAAAUGAAUUUGGGGAAAUCCAUGAGCUUACAACAGAUGAACAAUUUGUAGAAGGUCUGUACAAGGUGGAGUUUGACACCAGCACAUACUGGAGGGCAUUCGGUGUUUCCUCUUUUCAUGAAUAUGCUGAUGUGGUUUUUACUGCUAACGAUUCUGGUCAUCGUCAUUAUACCAUUGCUGCUCUUCUUAGUCCCUAUUCUUAUUCAACCACAGCUCUUGUCAGUGACCCAAAGGAAUGAGACCAUAUGCUACUCCUACAAGGUUCUCUCUGCUGUUCCACUUGUGUAGAAUUAUUUUAAAGGAGGCAGUUAAUUUGUAUAACCAGUGGCUUGUUUACUAUAGUAGCAUCUAGCACUGACACCUUGGCUAAACUCUGUUUGAAAUGCAUCAAUAAAUAUUUCUUCUCUAAA